AUGGCGGAUCGAAAUCCAAAGAUACUUCAUAUAGGCUUCAAACCAGAAUCUCGUGCUGAGGCUAGAGGAAUUAUUUCUAAUUUGAGUUUUCUUGAAACCGGAAUUAUGCUAGAAUUGUGGGGUUUUGUUUUAGAAUGUCUGAACAAGUCUAACGUCAAACUUCAAAAAGUUUCCAAUGGCAUCUUAUUGCCGUCUCUACAACCAGCUCUGCCCCUGCUGGAUUUGCAUAAAGUACCUCGCCUGGAGUUCCACCAGUCAGUCCUGGACGAGAUGAAGGAGCGCAUGAUCAGUCGCAUCAAAGAGAUUGCAGCCGGACCAGACAAGGGAACCAAGUAUAGAGUGCUGAACGAGUUGCUCAACAAGUGCAUGCCUGUCAUCAAAGUGAAGUUAUUAAGGCCAGUAGUCAUGUGUUUGAUGCAGUACCUGCCGAAGAUCAAGUCCGAACAUUUGCAGAUUGUCGUGUCGAACAAGGAGCUCUAUGAUGAAGCUGCCGUCGAGGUGAAGCAGCAGAUAUGGGAGGGAGAUCAAUCCUUGUUUGGGGAGGAGGUUUCACCACUGCUCAGAAGCUAUGUUGAAAUGAAGGAAUCAACUCUCCUCUCCAUGGACAGUCCACAGUCAACUUUUUUCCAAACCGUUCCAAAACUUCGAAGGCAGACCCACUCGGUGCAGGAGGUGGUGAGGAUGGUCGGCAAGAACACCCACCUCUACGAGAUGAUUCUUCAGUUCCUUAGGACCAUCUUCCUGCGAACACAAAACGUUCACUACUGCACAUUCCGAUCGGAACUCCUCAUGUCCCUGCACGAUCGGGAAGUCAGUGAAAUACUGGCUGACGAUCCGUGCCACAAGUUCACCUGGUGUCUCGACGCAUGCAUCAGGGAGAAGUUUGUCGAUUCAAAAAGAGCUAAGGAGCUGUUAGGAUUGCUUGAUGCAGUCAAGUGGUCGCAAGAACAUGUACUUGGUGAUCUAUCUAUGGUCCUCUGUGAUCCGCAGUCCAUCCACACCAUUGCUGCCUCGAUCAUCAAGAACCUGACGACGUGCAUCAACAACGAAUCACUUCCCAGGGCGAAUGAGGAUGUCGUAAUUCUGGUACGCCUGCUCUGCAUGGGGUUGAAAGCGUGGAAAAUGAUUGACAGUCGAUUGUUCAAGGAGCCUAAACUGGACGUUGACCUGAUAACUCGUUUCCUUCCUUGCCUCUCGUGGCUCAUGGCAGACGAUCAGCUGGCUGUGAUGUCUGGAAAGACCAAUGAGCAGUUGGAUCCAGCUCCUAGCUACUUACUCACUUCAUGCGACGAUGUUAGUGCCGUGCUGCUGUGCCACUAUGCCUUGCACGUCACUAAGCAGGGAUGGACCGGUAGCAUCGUUCGAGUUGUUUCCUGUUUGAGUGAGGAGUCCGUCAGUGAAGUUGCCUACAGCAACACGUUCCUGCACGACUUCGUAUCGCAUCUCAUUUCAUUCCCGGAGAUGUUUGCCACUCCUGAGUUCUGCUCCGCUAUCUUUGAUAAGUUCUUUAAGCCUCAAUGUUCACAAGACAGUGUCUGCAAGCACCUUAUCAGACUGCUGUUGUUCACGCAUCACAAAGUUCAUACAAACAGCCUCAGUGGCGCUGUCGAGAUGCUACAAAACUUGAAUUCAGUGCAGUUGCAAUCACUGUUGGACGGCUUAUCAGAGAGAGUUCGAACAUACAACGAGCAACAAGUUCAACUGCAGUUGCAGCAGCAACAACAGCAGCAGCAACAGUCAAUCGCGGCAUCAAAUGAGUUAUUGGACUCGCCAUUCGUCUCAACACCUUUGUCAUCCAUUCUGUCAUAGCAUUCCUUCACUCAGUCGAUCGAUAAAUUGAUUAAUUAAUUGAUUGAAUGAUAGAUAGAUUGGUUGAUCAAGCAUACAACCAGUCGAUCAUCCAUCAUUUCAAUAUCUUGAAUACAUUUUUGUAUAAAUCCGUCCAAAUAAUUAAACAAACAAAUACGAAAGAAGAUAUGAGCACACCGCCACACAUACUUCACCACGUUUAAAAAGUGAAGAUGCAAAGGACACUUUUACUUACUUGUUCAGUGUAGCCCUAUAAUUUUUUACCACAUAUUUGUACUCGUCAUUUUGAAUAAUUUUUAUUGGACAGUCGCAAACAACGCUUCGUUUGGUCACAAAUUCGUUCCUUAUUUCGCCGCUGUAGUGAAUAAAUAUUUUUUAAGUUUCUAAUUU